CUGCGCCUGGUGUCCGCAACGAGAGUACUACAGAGACCAGAGCAGCACAGCUGGCAGCUGAACAUACGGGAGCUGCUGCUCUGCCGUCGCUGCCGGCAAUUUCUAUUGAAUAACGCGUAGCCUCCACACUUCGCGCACACGCUCCGUCAUCAUGGUGUUGGCGGAUACAUCUCUAACAGACAAUUUACAUCUGCAUCACCGCAGCAACUCAUUCAUGUCGACAACAUCGUCAAACGGCAAUCAGCAUGACGGCAUCCAUAUAAAGAAUCUUCUUGAGGGUGAAACUCUAACGUACAGUUUGGCACUCAUUCGUGGUAAAGCACCACUAGGUUGCACUUACAUUCGAGUACGAAACGGUGGCCACAAAAAUCCAACGUCCGAGUGGCCGGUAGUAGCUGGUGAUUUCCGUGUUCUCGUUGAAUUACAACGUGGUGUGAACAGACUGGAACUCGAAGCUGGUGGUUUCAAACGUAAAUUUAGCCUUGUCUACGAGCCCAGAUCAACACGAUUAAGGGUUACACCUGUGUACGUGAUUUGCGCCGGUCACGAUGGUUACUUUCAGGGUCCACGAACAGAAGACCGUUCACCGGAGAGUGCAGCAACCCGAAUUGGCUUGGGUGCACGUCUGCUGCAGAGCCUGACAGCUGAAAAGCUACGCGAAGCUGGACAUGGACGUAAGACCUUCCAGUUGGAACGUGACCUCGACGGGCCCGAAUGUCUUGUAAUGCACAGUGUAUUACACGUGGAUCGUGCGAGAGCAAUGUCGCAGCGCGAACUUUGGGAACUGAUCGGUCGUGAACUGAUGACUGGACCAUUGGCAUCAAAAGAUCGAAAGUAUCUGGCAUUCUUAUCCUGCACAAGAUACAGAGGGGCACCAAGUCCUCGAACACACGAGGAUACAUUAGCAAGGACGCAGGGUCAUGCCGCUUUGGGUGGCGGUGGAUUGGCACUUUUUGGGUCGGCUUGUCUGCACACGUGGCCAACUUGCAUGGCUCAGAUUUUGUCUCGCUUCCUCGACACGACGAUAAUCGAUACAGAGCAAUUAAUGGAUGACAGCAAUUACCGAGGUACUCACGGUGGUUGUCUCGCGACGACACUCGGCUCGGUACUACACGAACUCGGCCACACCUUCGACCUCGGACACACGCGCGAUGGAAUAAUGGGUCGAGGGUUCGACUACGUUGACCGCGUGUUCGUCGGUGCAGCUGGUAUCGAUGCAAAUCGUAAUCCCGUAAGACGAGUGCCACAACACACGACCGUCGCAAUAAGUCGCCCGCUCAGUGUCACUGUCACGGUACAACAGCCAGUACAAGCUGCAAGCCCAAGGCGAGGAAGAUUAUUGUCGGAGACAGCAAGGCCAAAUACACUGGGAUUCGAGCAAACGACUGCACGGAAUCCCGGAAGAUUGUCGGCACCAACGAGUCCCGAAUUAAAUAGAUCGUUCGCUAAAAGUAUGACAGCUAGUAACGAGACUCCCUCGCAGACGGAUCGAACUUUUUGGGGCAGUAGUUGUGCCGCACUGCUGGCACAUCAUCGCUGGUUUAACUUGGAUAGUGACAAUGCCAAGUGCCAGAACCUCAACGAUUUGAAGUAUGACGGAAAGAGGAACAUCGUGAGGUCACGACACGGCGUGCGAAUAAUCGAGUUGCGAGAGUCAUUGGGUGGGAUGGUCGUGGCAUCGCGCCAAUUUCCCGGCAACCAUUUGACCCUGGAAGCAAUGGUCCCAGCGCCACCACCCCAUUACGUCACUGCAUUAACUCUCGUCGCAGAGGAUUCACUUGGUAGCAUCCUCAAGCAUCCCUUACCAACGGCCUUCUAGGGACACGCAUAUUCUUUAUCGGCGAGACAUUCGCUUAAAAUCGUGUAAUCCUGUGAUCUCCAAGGCCGUUCUAGUAUAAGAUGAAACUGAUUAAUUGUAUUCCGUUGGUUUGUUUGCUUGUUUGUUUGUUUGUUUAUUAUUUUUUUUCAAAAAACGACCGAUCAUCCAAUCCAUUGGGCAUUUUUGGAGCAAAAUUUUGUAUUUAUUACACGAACUAAUACAAUUGUGCAUUGAUACGCCUCAUUUCACUCGUAUAUCUGCGCAGGACAGCGGUCUCUUUUACAUUUAUCAAUAUAAAAUAGAAUAAAAAUAGUCAGCAAAAUAUAAUUUUUUAUUGAAAUUCAAGAUAGAAUGCUUAACUAUAAUUUAAUUUUUUUGUCGCUCUAAAUUUUCUUGAAACCUUUUCCACAAUUUUCGGAAAAAUAUAUAUUUUGCUGAAUAUUGUAUCGCGUAAAAUAUAUCAUGUACGCUUAUCAUUACCAAAGUGCUUAGAGCAACAACAAAAAAUAUUUAUGAAAUAUGAUCUCAAAAAAUUGGUUUUUUAUCUGCUAAUUUUUUAUUGGUAGUGAUUUUCGUUCAAAUCGAGAAAUUAAAUACUAGAAAAAGUGUAGUAAUAUUUUUAUUUUAUAAGUGCAAAAAGAAAGUAGCAUUUAGAUACUUUUAUAUGAUGGCAUAAUUGUUCAGUAGAAGGUGAAGUAGCAUGCAUCAAUAUUCUGCAAUGUACAGAAAAAAGAGAAUCAAUUUUUUGAGAUUUAAGUGCUUUCGCUUUUCGCUCUCAUUAUAAUAAGGCAAUACAUUAAAUAUAUUUAUUGUGAUGAAAUCGAGUACACAUGAGAUAUUAAAUUCUAAGGUAGGAGUUCCUAUCAGAUGUACUCGACCCGAGGAGGCUAAAGAUUAUUUAGCUAAAUAUUUGUAAUAAAAGAGCUGAAUCAAAUUAUUAUUUAGAGAUAUAUGUUUAAUGAAAUAAAUUCAAAUGUGUUCGUUAGCUUGAUAUAUUAAUUUUAAAUUAUUAUACUAAAAUAAAAUGUAUUCUUGUUAUGAUAUUUUACUCCUAUACUAUACAUAUUGUUUUCAUUAAGCUUUACACUCAAAAGUAUUUUUAUAAGUAUUUGAAAACGUAGAAUUGUUGUUUGUGUAAAAAUUCUAGUCACGAGCCUCUUCGGAAAUUAUGAAAUUUCUCAUUCCAAUAAUUUAAAAUAAGCGAUUCAGAGGCUACCCCAACCUUACACUUCAAUAAAUAUGUUAUAUCAAAUGCCAAUGGCGCUUCCUUGCACCGAAAUAAAAAUCAAUCGAUUGCAAUAAAAAAUCAUCGCAUCCAUGAAAUCGUGCAUUUGUCUGGAAAGAUAGAAUACAAUUCUAUUCAGAUAUAUGUGCACAUUAAUUAAGCACAAAUCAUAAGUUAAACGUAUAAUUAACUAAAAAUUUCACAGACAAUGGCAUUUAUCCACAAUCAAAUUAUUACAGCGUCCAAAGCCUAAGAUAAAGCAAUGAUAAAAUAACAAAUACGAUGUGGUCGUAUUAAAUAUACAUGACUUUCGACUGCAAGGCAUUAAACAUUUCUCACCUGUAUAACGAGAUCCGCAUUCACAGUAUUAUUAUGAUAAAAUGAAUACUCUAUAACAAUAUAUAGAAUGUAAACACUGAUACAGUCGAUCACAUCCACGAUAAUAUCAAAUGAAACUUUACGAAGACAUUUAGUAUAAAAACAACCAUUUACAAUGAAGAGUUUAAUCUAUACCAAAUGAAUCGAAUUUCCAUAGCAAAAGAUGAUCAUAAUAAUAAACCUAUGUUACUCUCCCUCAGUGUUUGUUUCCAUUCCAACAAUAAAAAGGGUGAUCUUUUCCAAU